UGGAUAACAUUUUAGAAUGAAACUAUGAGCCUUCACUGACAUCCUAGGUGUGGCUUUCUCUCUUCAGGCUGAUCCAGGAACUAACCGGCUAACAAAAAGUGGCUGAGCCAGUUAUUUUCAGAGAGCAUAAGAGAGUGGAAGCGAGGCCAGGCUGACACAGAGGGACUGACUGAAGAAAUGGCAAACACAGCAGCUGAAGAAGCAGCUCCCGUCUCCAAGCAGCAGCAGCAGCAGCAGCUCUGUGGGGUCUGCUCAGGUGAGCUGAGCGGAGGCAAACCGGCACCCUGUGGCCACCCUGUUUGUGGCUCCUGCCUCGGGGACAAAAGUAAAGGAUGUCCCGAGUGUCUGCAGAGCCCUGACAAGCCCGAAAAUGCUGACGGCUCCAAACAGAAUGCGACAGAAGCUGAAACUCCUGUGAUCAAAGAGGAGCAAAGUCAGGACUCAAAGACGGCAGAGGAGGUCAAAAUCCAAGAGGACCUGAAGGAGUCUGAGGAGAAGAAAGAGGCAGAACCCCAGGCAAACGGAGAGCUGAAAAAUGGAGCCGAAGAGGAGGUCAAAGAAGAGGAGGAACCUUUGGGCCCCGAUGAUGUGGUGUGUGACUCGUGUAUCGAGAGCCCCUGCAGGGCCCUCAAGUCCUGCCUCACCUGCCUGGUGUCGUACUGCGAGGCCCACCUCCGGCCUCACCUGGAGAACCCAAAGUUUCAGAACCACCGGCUGGUGGAGCCGCUCAGGGACAUUGAGAGACGGACCUGCGAGAGCCACAAGUGGCCCCUGGAGCUUUUCUGUCGCGCAGACGACUGCUGCAUCUGUCAGGACUGUGUGACGGAGGACCACAGGGGCCACAACACCCUCCCUGUGGUUGAGGCCCGCAGGCAAAUAGAGAAGGAGCUCAGGGAGAAGCAGACCGAGAUGGUGAAGACGGUGACGGCAGCAGAGAACGCCAUCAACAAACUUCAACUCAACACAGUCUCUAUUGAGAAUUCGGUGACGGAGGUGCGGGCGGUGAUCGAGAGCCAGUUCGAGGAGCUGCAGGCGGUGGUGGAGAGGGCGAAGCGGGAGGUGACGGAGAUCCUGGAGGGCGAGGAGAAGCAGGCGCUGAGGCAGGCCGACGGCAUCCGGGUCCACCUGGAGCAGAGGUGCACCGAGCUGAAGAAGACGCAGGCGCAGGUGGAGAAGCUGUCGAAGAACAAGAAUGAUGUGGAUUUCUUACAGGAGUAUUCAGAGUGGAAGAAAGAAGCCACUGAUAGCUCUCUGCCCGGGGUCUACAUCGGCCUGAUGGACUGUCUGAGUUCCUUCAGCCGCGUGAUCGUCGACUCCACGCAGGAGCUGUGCGCCAUGCUCGUGUCCUCGUACAUAGAGAAAGUUAAAGAGACUUGCAAGAAUGACAAAAUGGGAAUAAAGACGACGGUUCAUGAAAUUGUUGCAGCAAAACGGAACAUGUCUAUUCCAAAUCCAGUGACGCAUGACGACUUCAUCAAGUAUGCCGCCCACGUGAGUUUCGACGCCGACACCGCUCACAAGUUCCUGCGGCUGACGGAGGAAAACAGGAAGGUGACUAACACCACACCCUGGCAGCAUCCGUAUCCAGACGUACCUGAGCGCUUCGAGAACUGGCGCCAGGUUCUGGCGACGGAGAGCUUCUAUCUGGGGCGGCACUACUUCGAGGCGGACAUCAGCGGCGAGGGAACGCACGUGGGUCUGACCUACAAGAGCAUCGACCGCAAGGGCAGCGAGAGCAACAGCUGCAUCACGGGAAACAACUUCUCCUGGUGCCUCCAGUGGAACGGCCGCACCUUCUCCGCCUGGCACAGCGACGUGGAGACCCCUCUGAACGUGGAGAAGUUCACCCGUAUCGGGGUCUACGUGGACUACACCAGAGGCCUCCUGGCUUUCUACGGCGUGGAUGAGGCCAUGACGCUCAUCCACGAGUACAAGGCGGAUUUCCUGGAGCCCCUUUACCCGGCGUUCUGGUUGUCGAAGAAGGAGAACAUCGUCGCCUUGGUGGCGCCAGGGGAGCCGUUACGCCUCAAGAGCCCCUCGCCGCCAACCUCACCUGCAAGCGGGGCGGUUGUGUCAAAACCGGCAGCGUAGCGACGAUUAAAGAUAGUCGGUGUUUUCAUGGAUCUUUCUUGGACUACUGACAUGUUCUUCCAACAAUAGACUUAUUAUCUGAAACUUUAGGAGCAAAUAUGGAAAUUCCUGAUAUUCAAUGUGUUUACAGCAGCAUGUGUUUCAUAAAAGUAAUCAGAUCAAUUGUGAAUGUUUAUCUCGUAUGUUUGGGCUCAAGUCAUAUUUAUGCUCCGGUACGGUGUACAGUCGGGACUGCUGUUACUCUUCAUCAUAAUGUGAAUUCAGAGGUGUUUUAUAUUUUCUGUGUGCAAAUAAAACAUUUAUUUCCUCCUUUGCAAAACAAA